UGGAAACCCGCAGACACCGGGGAAUCAGGCAGAUAAAUGACGAAAGCGGAUGGUGAAAAGAAAACCUACGGAAAGAAGGAAAACGGCAUGCAUUGAAUAUCGACACCGGAGUUCCCCUGCUCGCAUUCUCACUACGUCCUUGGCGGAUUCUCCGUUGGCUUAUAAAGGUGGGUGGAACCGUUUCUAGCGACACACGGUUCACCAACUCCUCGGCCGAACGUCACCGAGCGAUAAACCAUGCCAGCCACCGAGGGGACCUUCGACCAGUCCUGGGAUCAGAAGCAGGAUUCUAACGACUGGCCGCCUCUGAAUCCGAAGAACGGAGACGCCACUAGUUUGCCCGUCGAUGUGUUGCAGGGUCAAUUUCGUUCGGUAUCAAUCCGUAAUGACGAGGACGACGACGGUGAAUCGAAAAAUUUCCCGAGGCACAACGAAUCUUCCUCAAGUUUGAAUCAAGCAACUUGGCGCAGUCUUCCGAUUAAAGAAAACCACGAACAGUUCCUCCGCGAUUUCAUGGACAUCGUCAUCGAGAAGGCCGUAUUCGAGGGAACAUCUAGGAAAAAUCGGGUAGUCGAAUGGACGGCACCAAUAGACCUCCUGUCCGCAAUAAAUCUGAACCCGGAAGACAAGGGCUUGACGCACGAGGAUCUGCUGUCCUUAGCGAAGAGCGUGAUUCGUUACAGCGUGAAGACAGGACAUCCUCGUUUCAUAAAUCAACUAUACUCGUCCAUCGAUCCAUACGGACUGGCUGCCCAAUGGUUGACAGACGCGCUGAAUCCUUCCGUCUACACUUUCGAAGUGUCCCCAGUAUUCUCUGUAAUGGAAGAAGUUGUGUUAAAAGAAAUGCGAAAGAUCGUGGGAUGGCCAGACGGCAAAGGUGACGGAAUAUUCUGCCCUGGGGGUUCAAUGGCGAACGGAUACGCGGUGAACAUUGCGAGGCAUCAUCAGUUUCCACAGCUGAAAGAAACCGGCCUGAGCCAAGGUCCGAGACUGGUGGUUUUCACUUCCGAAGACGCUCACUACUCGAUAAAAAAGCUCUGUGCCUACCUGGGAAUCGGAACCAGUAAUGUUUACAGCGUGCGCGUUGAUUCCCGCGGAAAAAUGAUGCUCGAUGAUCUCGAAGCUCAAAUUCAAAGGGCCGUUGCGGAAUGUGGAGUCCCAUUGAUGGUCUCUGCGACUGCGGGAACAACAGUGAUUGGAGCGUUCGAUCCGCUUAGGGGAAUUGCAGAUAUUUGCAGAAAGUAUAAAAUAUGGUUGCACGUCGAUGCUGCUUGGGGUGGUGGUGCGUUGGUCUCCGCAAAGUACAGCCACCUUCUGGACGGUAUUGAAUUAGCAGAUUCAGUCACUUGGAAUCCUCACAAGCUGCUAGCAGCUCCGCAGCAGUGCUCAACACUUUUGACACGUCACGAAAACCUUCUGCAGGCGGCGCACAGCGCAAAUGCUACAUAUCUGUUCCAGAAAGAUAAAUUUUAUGACACUUCGUAUGAUUCUGGAGACAAACACAUUCAGUGCGGAAGGAGAGCAGACGUCUUCAAGUUCUGGUUUAUGUGGAAAGCCAAGGGAUCCGAUGGUCUCGAGUCACACAUUGACAGAGUCUUUCAGCUCUCCGAAUACUUUGCUGAUACCAUAAGAGGAAGGGACGGAUGGAAGCUGCUCGUUGAGCCGGAAUGCACCAAUGUCUGUUUCUGGUAUGUUCCUCCGUCCAAGCGGCACCUCAAAGGCGAAGAGUUAACUUUGGCGCUGCAAAAAAUCGCUCCUCUUAUUAAGGAAAAGAUGGUACGCAAGGGAUCAAUGCUCAUAACUUACCAGCCUCUAAGAGAACAUCCAAACUUUUUCAGGCUUGUACUGCAAAACUCUGGUGUGACGGAGAGUGAUGUGAUGUUCUUUAUCGAAGAAAUAGAAAGGCUUUCUUACAAAUUGUAAAUUCUGUGAUAUACGUGAAGUAACAUCUGAUAUACAAUUUAUAAUUUGUUUAUAUAUAUAGUUAUUUAUAGACCUAAAAAAAUGUGUAAAUAUUCAAAAUUUGUAGCGUGAUGUACGUGUAGUGAAAAAUUAAUAUUGGGCAUGUGCCAAAUGUAAAAAAGUAUUAGUGGAAACCACACGAUUACAUUCUUCGUUUCCCUGAUAAUCCUGUGUAGAAUAUUUAUUGAAGUAAUGAAAAUAGUAGUUUCAUUUUUGCUAUUGCUGAAAUUGUGGCUGCUUUAUUAAUUCAACUAAAAUUACGCGAUGUAUUUAAAUUUAUUUUUCGCAAUGAUCACUUAUCAAUAAUAGCUUUUACUUAUCUUUGACCAGCACACUUGUUUGACCGUAUUUACAACUUUAUAUACAUGUGUAUAUAAAUGUAUAUAAAAUAUUAUAAUAAAUUAUCACUUAGUAAAUAGUCUAGCUUUUACAGCGUCAGGUUUCAUUUAGCUAUACUCUUCAAGGAAUUUUUCGUGGAAUUCUUUUAGACUAGCAAGCAUAGUCUUAAUUUUAUCCUUUUGGGGUAAAAUGGUCGUUCGAAAAUGAUAUGUUCCGG